AAUCUCAAAAGAAUAGCAAAAGAAGAAUUUGCGUCAUCACCACAUCAUCCAAUUAAUGUAAGAAAAAGAAUUCACGAAUCAGAGAAUCAUUUACGAUUUGCAAAGCAUGUCAAGUUGGCACAUCAAUACCGAUACUAUCCCGCCGUUGUGUUUGAUCAUUUUCUAUCUGAGUUCAAACAACUUUAUAUAAUUAAUGAUAAAUAUAGAUUUAUUCUUCCUGAUGAUGCUAAAAUUUGGUUUGAAAAUAGUUGGGAGUCUCAUACGAAUGAUUUAACAUCACCGAACCUUAACAAACUAAAGUAUAACAAGAGAGACGAAAUAUUUUUUUUACAAAUAUUAUGCAAUAUAUCCAUAACAAAAAUUUUAGAGAAAACUUGGUUAACAGAUACAAUUCAUCAAUUUUUAGAAGCUGCUGUGCGUGAUAUUUCUGGGCUCACAUGUGCUACUCUUUUGAAACACCUCAGAAAUAAAGAAAAUUGUAAACCAGACAGAACUGUAAGAUUGAAACUUGAAGACAACCAGUUCGAAAUUCUAUAUGUAGAAGAUGCUAACCCAGAAUUGAAAGGAAAAAAGUGUCAAGAAGAUGCAGAAUGA